AUGAGCUUUACGGCGUUUGCACUAGACAUGGGAUGCGGAGUGAGCACCGUUUCUGAGAUAGUCAGGGAUGUCAUAGAAUCUAUCAUAACUGAACUGCAUGAAGAAGCCUUCCCUCCUGUGACGCGGGAGAUGUUGACACGAGUGGCAAGAAGGACACAAGCAAUACACGACUAUCCACGAGCAGCUGGAUUCAUGGACGGGAAGCAUAUAUGCAUUAGGAGGCCGGCAGACUCGGGCAGCAACUAUUGGAAUUACAAACAUUAUUACUCGAUAAUGUUGCUAGCCUGGUGUGAUACCGACUACCGCAUCCUGGCAUAUGAUGUGGGAUCAGGAGGACGUGCCGGUGAUGCUGGAGUCUACCGGAAUUCUGCCAUCAAAGAGUUUUUGGAAAGCAACGAUGAGGUAUUCCCGCCCACCAGAGAGCUUGGUACUGUCGGUCCAGUCCAGUACCACAUUCUUCAAUGGAGGAUUCGGACAGAGUUACAGAAUGAUAAGGCCAUACAGAGAGAGGGAACUAAAUACAGCAGAUCGAAGGCGUUUCAACCGAAUCUUUAG